AAGAACGUGCCAGAUCUCUAUUGGACCUUUGAGUGAGCAGACGUGUGAUGAUGGCGCUCGACUCCUCUGCCUGAACUGACAUGAACCGAAGUGGUUUAUUCCGCCGCGGGAUUUAACGAUGGCUCGUCUGAAGAUGAGGAUUCAUUUCAAGUAGUCUGUGUGUGCACACCUUCAGUUAUGGCCCUGAUGGGACCGGAGAGCCAUGGAUUUGCAGCAGCAGUCUUCUAUGGAAUCUGCUCAGCAUCCAUGGCCUUUCUAAAUAAGGCUGUUAUUAAUACCUAUGAAUUUCCCUUUCCGUUCUUCAUCAUGGCAUGUCAGAUGAUGAUAACCGUAAUGUUUUUGGAGGUGCUGGCUAGCUCUGGAAAAAUAUCCCUUCCGCCUUACACUUGGAAGGCAGCUCGUAUGUUCCUCGCGCCAUCACUGGGCUAUGCUUUCCAUGCCACGCUGUCUCUGAUGGCUCUACAAGGCAUGAACAUCCCGAUGUAUGGUGCCGUAAAACGCUGCACUCCUCUCGUCAAUUUGAUUUUAUCAGUUGUCAUACUUCAUCGGCCAAUGCCAUCAUUGAUGUUGGUGUCCUCCAUACUUAUUAUAACUACAGGGUGCUUUGUUGCAGUUUUGGGAGACCUAACAUUUGAUGCAUUUGCGUAUACCAUGGGUGGCUUUAGUGUGCUAGCCCAGGGUCUCUACCUGACGCUUGUGCAGCAGUGUGCGGAGAACAAGCUGUCAACCUUAGAAAUCUUACAGCUAAAUAGCUAUAAUACAUUGGCUCCCUUCAUCAUAGUGUCUGUGCUAAUGGGGGAACCACAAAAUAUUGUACAAAGUCGUUAUGUAAUGGAUGUUGGGUUCCAGUUAACGUUCUGGACGCUCAUAUGCUUAGGGGCGGUUCUGAACUACUCCCUUUUCCUCUGUACCGCCUUAAACAGUGCAUUGACGACGUCACUCGUGUCGGUUGCUAAGUCAGUGAUCCAGACUCUGGUUGGCUUUUUUGUCUUUGGUGGUGUUAAAUAUCAUCCCUUGAAUAUUACAGGUAUUGUUAUGAAUACAACUGGAGGAGUUUUAUACACUUAUACAAAAUAUAAAGAAGGCAAGAAGAAAUCCUUCCAGGACGAGAACUGCAAUAAAGUCGUCGUUAACGGCGGACCAAACGCCGUUGAAAGAAGCGCAUCGUUACCCAACAGCAUAAAAAGGGAUGAACAUAGUCUAAGAGAGAUCAAAGUUAGUUAAUGUACAUAUAGAUAGGCUCUAUUUUAUGUUGAGAAUGUCCAUAGCUAUUUAUUGCAUAAUUUUAGUUUGGCAUUUUAAAGUUAGAUAUUCUGAGCAUAUCGGAAUUCGGUCUUGUAUGUAUUGUACUGGGUACACUACUGAAGUGGAUUUAUUUUUAAUACUGUUUUGUAGUGUAAAUGCAAGUUCCAAUUUCCCAUUUUUGUGAUGUACAUUAGUUGCUGAACCAUUUAUUAUAUGCUUCAAGGAAGACAGUAAAAUUUAAGCAUGAUGGAGCUGGUCACAAAUUUGGUUUUAUUGUCUGAAAUGAUUUAUAUGAAAGAAAACAGAUGUGUUCUGAAUAUUAUUAACAUGUUUUAAUAGGAUGUUUUAUUUUUCUCUUUUUAUAGAUAUUUAUUGUGGACACGCUACAGUAUUUCUUGUUAGGUUAUACUCACAGGAGUAUACCUGGCAUGUCAAUUUAUCCUGAAAUAUUUUGAGUUUCAGCCCAUGUGCUGGCUUUUAGACUGGGGCACUGAAUUCAUUUUUAUAUGCACUGGUAUCGUUAGAUUUGUGUUUACAGCACAAGAUUUAUUUUAAUAUGACACUUGCUUGUAAGUUAUUUAUGAAUUGUGUAAGUAGAAUUAGUAUUGCAUAUCACUGAGUGGAUUACUCUUUUAUUUUGUUGCUUCUUAUAAAUAUGCUUUAAUAUGUAUCAGUCUCGCCAAUGUUAUGUAAUUUGUUCACAUAUUUAUUAUUUAAGGGCAUUUCUCUGUUAAAUAAGUCCAUUUUCUCAGAUUCAGAAAGGUGCUGUCACAGUAUUAUUGUUAUAUAUAAUGUAUGACAUCUCGUAUUAAGUGGUCAGGUCUUUCUUUUCAUGUCUGAAUACAUUAUCAGAUUACACGUGAAGGCAGAAGUACAUGACCUUCAUUUUUGCAGAUAAGCACAAGAAAACAGAAUGCACCAAUUCCAAAUGUACCUUUUUAUAGACCAAGCUGCAAGAAGGCUGUUUAUUCAUAAAUAACACACAACAAUUUCUGCCUUCAAGUGAGGAAGUUUUUACAGUCCUCAAUUUGUGCAUAGAAGGUCUUGGAAUGUGCAAGUUUGAAUUUCUAGAUUUUACACUUAAUGAAGGAUUAUUUUUUACAUUUAAUUGAGAACAAAGCUCAAAAUUCCAGCAUGUCCGCCACAAGUAUUUUUGUUCAUCAAGUUGGUAAGCACAGAGGUUGUGGAUUUUGCAGUGUACCAGACGUUGUCAGUAUGUAACUGGAAUUCUUUUUUCAUGCUUCAUUUAGUACAUUUUAUGUCUAUUAAAGAUAAUUAGUUCUUAUUUUCGGUAUUGCAAAAGAAAAGAAGUUCCACAGCUAAAUUAUAUUAAUAAACCCUAUGGUGAGGAAGAUUUUAUAAUUAAUAGAGGAGCCUUACAGUAUACAGAAGUUGUCAAGACCUGGGCCUAUUGCUUUAGGUCUAUAAAGCAUGCUGAUUUAUAUUAAUGGCCCAACCACUCAUAAGUGAAAUACUAUAUCCUUUUAUACAGUACAUUAGUCUUUUGUUUGCAGUUUUCACUUUGUUUGUACACACUUCAUUUAAUGUUUAAAUUUUUGUUUUCCACAAACCUGCAAAACUGAAGCCUAUGAUUUGACAGAACUCAUAUUGUUAGUGACACUAAUGGAAUUUAGGUGACAAUCUCAACUCUUGGUGACAUAAACACUGCCACAACUAAACCCAGGGUUCUGUUCAUAGGCAGUAUAUCUUUGGGGUUGUAGUGGUGUUCAGUGAUUCUGAUCUUUCCUAGUAGUCUUCUGCCAAUAACAUUUAUACAAAUUGAAUUAUUUAUACUACAUUUUCAACUACAGUAUUGAAGGGACUGGCUUAUUUAUUAAGUCAAACUAUGUAUUUUUCUAAUAAUGUCAAGGAAACAAAAAGUUGUGAAAAGAAUGAAAGAUACAAAGCUGUGAAACUAUGCUAAAGUUUUUUAAUGGUUUUAAAUUGUGAAUGCUUAGUCCGAUGAUCAGGCACUGGAACAGUUGUUAUUCAUCAUCGUUGCCACAUGACAGGAAGGGACUCUAAAGUUCUGCCACUCGUGUCUUUACUGCGUUUCCACAAAUCUCCAGCCUCCCAUCUCAUACUGCUUGCAAGUAGGUCUGGGUCUGUCAACACAUCUGUUGCCCACAGGAACCAAGGUACAUUCUCUCGAUGUCGUCAUUGUCAUGCAUACGGAACAAUUAUUCAUUACACUUUUCCAAUAUUUCGUUAAGGAUUUAAAUAAUCUUUCCUCAUUUUUAGUUUGCCCUGGUAAAGAAGUAAUAGUGUUGAUGAUUACAUUGAUUGAAGAAACAACCCAGUUGCAUAGCUAGGGUCGGCUGUUUACAUGUGGUAAUGUAAAUUAAAGUUUUCAAAUCUUAUUAUAGUAUAUUUAAGUAAAAAUGAGCAACUUAAACUGUAAUUAUAAAUCAUUUGUAUUUUUUAUUCAUCAAGAAACAUUGAUAUUUUCUCUGAAGUUUUAAUUAUUGUAUAAAUUCAAAAUCAAGUACAACAUACUUAUAUAUACGUAUGGGGAGCCACACUGUUCUGGAACAUAUGUACCAGUACAUAUACUAUUUAUACGUAGUUGGAAUGUGAAGUCACGUUCAUAUUUUCUUGGAUAUUUCUAGGGUUAUGUGGCCUUUCCCUUUACAGGCUGCCUAAGGAAUGCAUCUCUUUCAAGUGAAUCAUUUUUCAUCAGAAAUGUUAAUGAAAACAUGACAUAUUUCACUUGUGACUAUUUUCUUUUUGUUGUGGAAUUUUAUUGCUAUGAUGUCAUUAUCAAGUCCAGCUUCAUUGUGUGGUACUGUUAAUUUGUAAUUGCUUGCACAAGCAGAAAAAUUGGCUGUGUGAUUCUUACUUUUGUUAUAAAGUGAAGUUUUUCAUCUGAAAUGUCAUAACAACAAAAUUAUUAAUAUACUUCUAAAUAUGUUUUGUUCAAAGAACUGCAAUUUAUGAGGGGAAAUUUAAAUUUUAUUAACAAUAGUCAAACCUUUUUGGGCCAUGCCAAAAUUGAGUUUGAAAUGAAUUUUUUUUCCACUGAGUACGGAGUCUGGUUAAACUUUCUAAGAAUUUUUUUUUUCUCUCUCUCCAAAUCCAGCUGCAUUGUAUGGUCCUGUUAUUUUGUGAUCCCUCUUAUGAAUGGAAAGAUUUGCUGCUUGAUUCUCGUAUUUGUUAUUACCACAAGAGCUUUUUAUGACCUGUGGUCAGUUCCUAUUGAUUAGGGAUGGCCACUUAUUAAGUAUUUAUUUUUUGACUAUUUUUAUACAGUUUCCCAUUGCACCAUAUGUAAUUAGCAUACAUUUUUUCAUUAAGAAUAAAUUGAAGCUGAUCAUAUUAUUAUAGAAAGAAAAUAA